AUGGAUCGGUCGGUAACCUCGGCGAUACCUACGCCCCAGUCACCACUCCCACCACCGGUCGCUGAGGCUCCCAGCGCUCAACUGGGUGCGCAUCUCUUGUUCCCUUCCCCCGCCGGCCCUUCUCUCCGUCCCCAUCCCGCGGAGCUCCCAGAUGUAUCCAUUACUCUUCCCCACCAUCGCCUCCGCCUCCCACCUGUAUUGGGUGAAGAGCUCGACUUUCGGCAAGCCAGCACCCGCGAGGUCCGUGACCACUGCCUCAAAGCAAUCCUUCUCUCCUCCAAGACAGAGCGCCACGCCAGCCUGGUCCAGCUCAUCGACUUUGAUCGGGAGCGGAAUCAGGAGUGUGCUAUCUCGCUGGACGGUGCUUCUUCCCUGGUUCUCAUUGCCGACGACAUGUUGAACAUUGGCUCCAGGGGUCUCCUCUUCGAUCCAUCCCGUCUCAGGACAAACUGGUACCACGUUGAGCUCAACUCGGCCCAGACGGCGACCGGCAAGCGCAAGUGGGUCGAGGACGACUCCAACUCACCACCCUCGUUUGAGCUGUACCUUCGCGUCUGGACGUUUGCCACAGCUUCCCAGCUGGUCGGGCUAGUCAUGGCAUAUAUGGAAAUUCAUGGAGACGAGCUCUGGGGUAGCGAGAUGAUUGCCGAGUGUGUCGCCCUCGAAGACGUACAAGGACCCGUUAGGAUCUCGUAUGCGGGAAUCACGUCGAGGUCGGCAGCCAUUCGCCACAAGGAUGACUCGGACGCCGCUCGUGGGCGUGUGGGCAAGUUUACCUCCAGUGAAGUCUUGUCCCUCUUCCUCGCCCAAAUUCCCGAGGCCGCUGCACCUGCCCUCGAGAUAUAUGCCUACAAGCUUCCACCCGGCACGUCGACGUUGCCCCUUGUCGGCCAACAGCCUGUUCAAGAUUUGGAGAGAGCCCUCAUUGCCGUUUCCUCCCCUUCUCUCAACGCUGCGCGAGGCGGCGUGCAUCAUCUCCUGGCCUCCAGCGCCUCCCCCAGCCCUUUCUUGCUCGACCAUCUCACAACUGAGCACAGCGGUCUGCCAGAGCUCGCAAAGCAGCUCAGCGACGCCAUCAGUAGCGCACUGCGGGUGUUCCGUGAGAACGGUGACAACGUUCCAUCCGACGUGGCUGUUGCAGCCAUCGUCGAGGAUGGUACGGCCAUCGCUGCCGUGGUUCACACAAGCGAUGUGUGUGUGGUGCCGUCGAUGGUGUUGACAUCGGACAUCCCAGAGUAUGCGCACCAAGCAACUAGCGCAGAUGUGUCGUUCCACGGCGCCUGCACCGGUCCGGGACCGCAUGCCCUUGCCACGGCACGUGCGCUUACCAUGGGCGUCCGCAUCGACGACGGGGGGCGGGAAAGGUGGUUUGGCCCCAGGGUCGACCUCUGGCAGCAUACAACAAAACAACUCGGCCAGCCGUGGCGCCACUUGGCCUUCUUGGCUAGAUACAUUACAACCUUGCGACCGGUCCUGGUUCGCGCUUACUCGUCCGACGUGACACGCUACAUCUUCAACUCUGCCCUGACCGACAUCUUCGCAGUCAACAAGGAAAAGGACGAUGUCGUACUGGAAAGGGCGACACUAGCCUUCUUGUCUCCAGACUUCAAAGGCAGUCUCGAAGACGUCGCCGCCGUUAUUUCCCCCGAGUACAUGCACACUACCCAUCUGCCACAAACCACCAAGUUUAUCGACAAGGUCGGCAUUCCCGUUGUCGUUCAAGUCGGUCCCAAGUCGGAGAACUUUUGGGUAAUUUGUGUCUGCAACAUCGACGCUGGCGCGAUCAAGUACAACCCUGCUGCGGAAAGGCAGAAGAAAGAACUCCUCCUUGCCGUGGAGAUGGUGUCCCGCGUGGCGGAAGAGGUUGUCAUAGCGCAGAUCAAGAAGUGCGGCCCACCCCCAAAGGCGAACAACCUCGAGUGGAUCAUGUCAACGUUUGAGGCCAUGAAAUUGGCGCUUGAGCAGGGGGGCACCAAACAACGUCUGGAUACUGCCGCCCGCCGCUACCGUGAGCUCGUCGGCGUCCUUACCUCACUGUCGACCGUCAAAACCAAUAGUGAACGCAUGGACCACGAGGACGACGAAGCAUGGGCAGAGACACUCGCCAGCCGCUCCGCCCGCAUGUCUCAGCUCCGCACCCUUGCCAAUGGCAAGCUCCUCAGCGGCCAGGGUGAGCCGUACACCAGCGAACGGGAUGAACAAGUCGACGAGAUCUUGGAAAUGAUUGGCCACGCACGCGCCACGGGUAUGGAUGCCCAUAUUCCCCACGGACUCCCGAUCUUUGCUCGCCACACCGACGCCGAGGCGCGAGAGUGGUUGAGGUCGAGGCCCAUGGGCUACAACUUUUCGCUGGCCGCUCAGGCGUCCAACAACCAUCCCACUCUCGGACAAUCUGCCGAGUUUCUCAACGAUUAUGCCUUGGCCCGCUUUGGUGAAUCGAACGACGCUCGGCGAGCCAAAGCGUGGCGCUUUGCCGUCGAUGAAAACGGCCAACGACUUGAACACGCAGCUACCUCGCGUUCGCUCUUGCUUCUCUUUUGUCCAACGUGUUCCAGCUCGGCUGUGGUCACUGUUGAGAACGGCGAGCACCAUUGCCCAAUGACGACUCCUCCGUUUGAGCGGGUCCACAAGGACACCCUACAGGCGAAGCGAGUGAUCUUUGGCCACGACGCGUACGAGGCAGCGCUCAAGUGCCAGCAGAUCGCCCCCGACGUCGAUCUGGCGCCUCACGGUCUUGCGUGGGUGUCGGCGGCCAGUGUACUGCAGGCUGCGCCUUCCACUAUUCCCAAGGAUUUCAUUGCCAAACUACUCUCCCCUGCCACCAAGGAGGACAACAUCCUCGUCCACACGUCCACGACCGAGUGGCAGACCGUCGCAGCGGCCAUGAGCCGCCUUCUCGGCCACUGGAACUCGCCCAUGGACUCUCACCUUCCGGACCACGACAACGUUUCAUUUUUCAAGAACCAGACCCUCAAGUCAAUUCUGAAACUGUUGCUUAAAGAUAAGCCCAUCUACCUCAUGCGCUGCGCCGACUGUGACUACUACAACCUCCGGGCAAACACUGAUCAACAUACCUGCCCGCCAAACACGGCGACACCGCGGCCGUAUCUCAAGCGCUCCGGCAUUCCGGCAUAUUGCUUCGACGAACUGCCCCACACCGUCAAGUCUCUUGUCGUUUACUCGUACUGUCGUGCCAUGGAGACAGGCGAUAAAGAAUGUGGCCUCACGGUGCAUAGUGGUGGGAGGUUUGCACGAGAGACGCUUGAUAUGGAUUAUGUGCAUGGAGCUGAGCAUGAUAUCGAUUUCUGUUUGGACCAGCGCGACCAUUACCAGCGACCAUUGCCAUUGAAUGGAUCCAAUGCGUGGUGGGGAGGUCUGACGCAAACGAGGUCACCAGACCGCCCAGAACGAAGCGAGCAGCCACCAGCGACGACUACCAAUGCAAUCAUGACCGACAGCCAGGCCGCAGCACAAACCCGGCGCCGAUCAGUGUACCUAGACACACAGAUCGGCGCACAUCCACCCCAACGCGCCGCCACUUUCACCGCCACCAACCCAUACCCUCCGACCUUGCACACCACCGUUCUCGCUUUCCACACGGUCAAUCGGCCUCGUUCAAGGCAUGAAUCGGUAGCCCAGAAGCAAGGCUACAAGAUGAACACCAAUGUGGCAAUGUGGCGGAGUGGUUAA